AUGGAAACGGAACUAACAGAAAAGUUAAUUGCUAUGGGCAAAAACCUAGGCUUUGAGGGAAAGGAGCUUCAGGAAUGGGUCAAAGUAGAACGCGACAGAGCGCGUGAGGACCGAGCUGCCGAGCGCGAAAGAAGAAAGGAGGAAGCCGAAGCCACAGAGAGGUUGAGACGAUUAGAGCUCGAAGCCGCGAAGGAAGAUUUCGACAGGAAAAUGAUGCAGCUUGAGAAGGAAAAGGAGCUGCUCCUACUAAAGGCAGAAAAUGGUAAUCGGGGAGGAACGGAAACUCCCCACAUGGAUUCCAUAAAGUUUCAUGGGCUGAGUCCCCAUAAGUUGUUGCCACCCUUCGAUGAUCGUAAAGACGAUUUAGACGCUUACCUUGUCAGGUUUGAAAAGGUAGCCGAGGGUCAAAAGUGGGCCAGAGACCAGUGGGCAAGUGCCCUUAGUAUCUGUUUGACAGGUGAGGCAUUGGCGGUCUACGGUAGAAUGUCUCCGGCAGACUGCGUUGACUACGACAAAAUAAAACAGGCCCUGCUGCACCGGUUUAGAUUAACCGAAGACGGAUUCCGCGAGAAAUUCCGUGACGCUACGCCGAAAGAUGGCGAGACAGUAUCCCAAUAUAUCGCCCGCCUAGAAAAUUAUUGGGAGAGAUGGAUGGAACUCUCUGGCACUAAAAAGGACUACAACGAAGUAAAGCGAUUACUUCUAAAGGAGCAGUUGUUCAGCCACAGCGAAGAGAAGUUAACCCUCUAUAUGCGCGAACGAAAGGGAGAAGAAUUGAAGGAACUCGUAACGCGAGCAGAGCAGUACGUAGAAGCUCACAACCUAAGGAAUUUCGGAAAGAAAUCAAGAGGAGGAAAAGAGGAAGGCAGGAACAAUGUCGAGAGAAGGAAUGAGCCCAGUCAUAAACGAAGCGCCGUCAGUGAAAGGGAUCGAUCGCGAUGCUACAUUUGUAACAGGAUCGGACACCGACCACAAGAUUGCAGAAGCGCCGCGGCGAGACCACCACCACCACCGAAGUGCAAACGAUGCGGUAGGAUGGGACACAGCGCCUGGAACUGCAGAGCUCGGGCCGAUGAAGAGGCGAAAUCAGCCGACAAGGGGUUGUCUCAGGAGUCAGUAUCCUUGUGCAUACAAAAAGGUUUUGUAGAAUUAAAAGGCGGCACGAAGAUUCCCGUGGUACAGACGGCCGUGUCAGGAAGUAAGGGCCCAUAUGGGGUAAACAAGUUGCCAGUCUCGGAAGGCAAAAUCGGCGAAAGAACUAUCCAAGUUCUCAGAGACACUGGCUGCAACACGGUGAUCGUAAGAAAAGAUUUGGUGAGCAGCGAAGAGCUAACAGGAGCCGUACACCCGGUAUUCCUAAUUGAUCAAACCGUGAAAAUUCUCCCCGAAGCGGAGAUUUUCGUGCGAACUCCCUAUUUCACGGGUCGAAUUAGAGCCCGGUGCAUGGAUAACCCCAUGUACGACCUGGUCCUAGGCAACGUUGAAGGGGUACGGAGCGCCGAAAAUCCAGAUCCCGAUUGGGACCCAGUUGUGACGAAGCCGGUCGCGAAAAUCGAAUCCGUUCCCAGAGCUACACCCAUUUCCGCCGAACUUAGCCAUUCCAAUGACGACGAGCGCACCGACCUAAAGGCCCACGCAAACGACUCGCAAUGCUCGAUCGAAGAAAAUGGUAGUUUUGAAACUCAUGCUGUCGUCACAAGAAAACAAGCGCGGGAAAGGGACACGGUUUUUCGCAGACUGAAGGUCCCCGAAUUAGCAGAGGGAUUCAAUGCGGAGGAUUUUGUCCGGGAUCAAAAAGAGGACGCAACCCUGCAAAAAUGUUUCGCCGAAAUGGGCGUAAUGAAGAAAGGAAGAAAGAAGGGGGGCGGAAGCACGUGCUACGAGCUGGUUGACGACAAACUCUACCGAAAAUGUACGAGUAAUGAAGGCGGAGAAGAAAUCCUGCAGCUCGUGGUACCCAAAAAGCACCGACAUGUAGUGCUCGAACUGGCGCAUAGCGGAAUGAUGGCCGGACACCUCGGAAGCGGAAAGACGGCGGACCGAAUUCUCAGCGAAUUCUACUGGCCAGGACUUCAAGCCGACACCAGGCGUUUCGUAGCCAGCUGUGAUAUUUGUCAGCGCACUACUCCAAGGGGUAAGACAGCUAGGGCCCCACUGCAGAAGAUGCCCGUGAUAGACACGCCAUUCAAACGGGUAGCCAUCGAUAUAAUCGGUCCAUUGCAACCACCGUCGUCACGAGGGAAUAAAUUCAUCCUAACCCUCAUGGACGACGCAACGCGAUUUCCCGAGGCGGUAGCAUUGCCGAGUAUUGAAACAGAACGGGUCGCCGAAGCGCUGGUGAACAUCUUUAGUCGAGUAGGGAUUCCCGAAGAAGUCCUCAGCGACCGCGGAACUAAUUUCACCUCCGGCUUGAUGAAAGAAGUAGCCAGGCUAUUGUCAAUACGGCAGCUAACGACGACACCGUACCAUCCGAUGACAAACGGAUUAGUGGAAAAAUUCAACGGGACACUAAAGACGAUGCUGAAAAGAAUGUGUGCCGAAAGACCCCGUGAUUGGGAUCGGUAUCUUUCCCCUUUACUUUUUGCAUACAGGGAGGUUCCUCAGGAGAGCUUAGGCUUCUCCCCUUUUGAGCUUCUCUAUGGACGCAACGUCAGAGGACCCCUAACUAUCCUGCGAGAAUUAUGGGUCGAAAAAGAAAUUGAGCCUGAACUGAAGAGUACAUAUCAGUACGUUUUCGAUUUGCGAAACCGCCUAGAAGAUACGUGCAAGAUUGCGCACGAAGAACUCGAGCGAGCCUCCGAGCGAUACUCUCGAUACUUUAAUGCACGGUCGCAGAAUCGACAGCUUAAACAGGGAGAUAAGGUACUCCUCUUGCUACCGACAGAGGCGAACAAGCUCACGAUGCAAUGGAAGGGGCCUUUUCCCAUCGCUGAAAAACGAGGAGCGGUUGACUACCUCGUCGAUUUGGGCCACAGGAAGAAACUUUUCCACAUAAAUCUGCUAAAAAAAUAUGAAGGGAGAAGGACGGCUCCCGAUGCGACAUCAACGCCGGUAGCCAUGACAGUACUCGAACUCGACGAAUCCGGCGACGACGUCGACAUUCCGGAGUUCAACUGCAGGCCCAAGGAAACCCACCUGGAUAUUCAAGUUGCACAGACCCUAAGUGAGGAGCAGAAAAAGUCGUUGCAUAACGUGAUACAUAGGUAUGAAAAGGUGUUUUCUGAUGUUCCGGGGAAAACGACGGAAAUCGAAUGUCAUCUCCAAUUGAACACGAAUCGGCCUAUUAAUGUAAAACAAUAUCCCCUGCCAUUCGCGGUGCGUCACACCAUUGAAGACGAAGUAAAGGAGAUGCUACGACUUGGUAUCAUCGAAAAAUCGAAGUCUCCAUACAGCUCCCCUACCAUCAUAGUCAAGAAACCGGAUGGAUCCAACAGACUCUGCAUCGACUUCAGACAACUUAACCGACAUUUAGUAGCCGAUGCUGAACCCAUCCCAAGAGCCGACUCCUUGCUGUCGGAAGUAGGAAGACAAACGUACUUCUCCAAAAUGGACAUGACCAAAGGCUAUUGGCAGGUGCCUCUGAGUGAGGAAUCGAAGGAAUUCACCGCAUUCUCGACUGCAAAUGGCCACUAUCAUUUCAAGAACAUGCCGUUCGGGAUAAAGACUGCUCCCGCAGUAUUUGCGAAGCUGAUGCGCCACAUCCUGCAAGACAUCCCGAAUGUGUACCAUUACUAUGACGAUUUGCUCAUAGCUACGACGACGUGGGAAGAACACGUUGCCAUCUUGCAGACGGUACUGCAUCGAAUCGAGAAAGCAGGUCUGACAAUAAGACCCACAAAAUGCGAGAUUGGAUUUCGCCAGCUUCCUUUCCUGGGUCACAACAUAGGAAUAGGAAUCCUGACGCCACAACACUCCAUCCUACAGAGGAUCCAGGACGCGCCGAGACCAAAGACUAAAAAGCAGGUGCGCUCCUUUUUGGGUCUCGCAGGUUACUACCGUGACUUCAUGGCGAAUUACGCAGCGGUCGCCGCACCAUUGACCGACCUUACCAAGAAGAGAGCAGCUAAUGUAGUUGUGUGGACGGAGACCCAUCAAACUGCCUUUGACGCUCUUAAGAGUGCAUUGUCCGAACCCCCCAUCCUGAGGGCUCCCGACUUCUCUAAGCCCUUCGUACUUAGAACGGAUGCCUCUGAUGUUGGACUAGGUGCUGUGCUUUUGCAAGAAGGGGAAACUGGACUGCACCCCAUUGAGUACGCCAGCCGGAAAUUAUGCCCACGAGAACAAGCAUAUUCCGCUAUCGAAAAGGAAUGCCUUGCAAUUGUGUGGGCAAUAAAAAUAUUUCAUGUGUUCCUAUACGGUACUCACUUUGUACUCCAAACGGACCAUCAACCUCUGAGAUACCUAAAUGAGGCUAAGUUUAUCAACAUGAGAGUUCUUCGUUGGGCCCUGACCCUUCAGGAGUAUGACUUCCGGGUCGAGCAUAUCAGGGGCCAGGAAAAUGUAGGAGCGGACUACAUGAGCCGACUCGACUAA